CGCUAGUCUGAGGAUUUCAGCUGGACUCCAGUCGCUCAGCUGCUCAUUUAACAAAGCAGAAAUGUAAAGUUGGUGUAAAGCUGUUUUUGAUUUUGAGGUUAGCCAGUUACAUGCGUGAGCCCGAACGAAUUAUAAGUCUCUAUUCUCAUUUCUCUCAUAUUUAGUCUCUUUUUCAGGGCUUUUAUUUUCAUUCCAACACCCGAACACUUGUGCUUUUAAAACAAGGGAUAGCAGAUCAUACGCUGACCAAUCAAAUAGAAGGAAAUGAUCCUGAAUGGGCGGGGCAAGCACAUUUUCCUCCAAUCGUAGGCCGCAGUGGAGGAGUCCUGCCGCUGGUUCGUUUGCUCCUCCGUAGGCGUUGGAGCCGUUCAUUCCUGCGCGGCGUGUUUACUCAGACUUCAGCGCUUGUUUAUUCAGUGAUCACACUUCCAGCAGAGGGAUAUGUUCAGCAGUGACGCCUGAAAAUAAUGAGCUUUCGGGAGAACGUGGAUGGAAACUUUGCGCUUACCGUCUUUUGGUUGUGUUUGUAUUAACUCCCUGUAACCUAGUGCUCGUUUGGUUAUUAUUGUAUAUUUUUUUGGAAAUGGACCGGAUGAAGAGCUCCAUGCAGCAAGUCCCGAACCCGCUGCCCAAAGUGCUGAGCCGCCGCGCUGGUGGAGCCAACAGCCUGGAAGUGGAGAGAGAAAACUUCGAGCGCAGCCAGGCUGUGAGCAUCAACAAGGCAAUUAACACACAGGAGGUUGCCGUCAAAGAAAAGCAUGCCAGGACCUGCAUCCUGGGAACCCACCAUGAGAAGGGCGCUCAAACUUUCUGGGCAGCCGUCAACCGGCUGCCGAUCUCCAGCAACGCCGUGCUCUGCUGGAAAUUCUGCCACGUCUUCCACAAACUUCUAAGAGACGGCCACCCAAAUGUCAUUAAAGACUCGGUGCGGAACAAGGGAGACCUAAACGACAUGAGCAGGAUGUGGAGCCACCUGAGUGAAGGCUAUGGGAAGCUUUGUAGCAUCUACCUCAAACUACUCAUCACCAAAAUGGAGUUUCACAUCAAAAACCCUCGUUUCCCUGGCAACCUUCAGAUGUCAAACAGACAGCUCGAAGAGGCAGGCGAAAAUGACGUCAAUAACUUCUUCCAAUUGACGGUGGAGAUGUUUGACUACAUGGAGUGUGAGCUGAAUCUGUUUCUUGCUGUGUUCAGCUCACUGGACAUGUCCCGGUCAGUGUCAGUGACAGCAGCAGGUCAGUGUCGCCUGGCUCCUCUGAUCCAAGUCAUUCUGGACAGCAGUCAUCUGUACGACUACACAGUCAAACUGCUCUUCAAACUGCAUUCUUGUCUUCCAGCAGAGACACUGCAGGGGCACAGAGAUCGCUUCCUUGAGCAGUUUAAAAAGCUGAAGAGUCUGUUCUGCCGUUCCAGUAACCUGCAGUAUUUUAAAAGGCUGAUACAGAUCCCACAGCUUCCUGAGUAUCCACCAAACUUCCUGCGUGCUUCAGCUCUGUCGGAGCACAUCAGUCCGGUGGUGGUGAUCCCAGCCGAGACCUCGUCCCCAGAGAGUGAGCCCAUGGUGGAGACCGACGAACUCGUCGACACAGACAUCCCAUCCCUGCCGCAGAGUGUGGUGGAGAGUAGGUUCGAUGACCUCUUUGGCACCUCAGCUACCACUGAUCCCUUCAACUUCAACAGUCAGAAUGGCAUGCGCAAGGAUGACAAAGACAGACUCAUCGAGCAGUUGACCGCGGAGCUCCAGGCACUGAAAGAAGAGUUGGAGUCAUUCAGACUGGAGAGUGGCCGUUUGUGCCAGGCCCUGCGGGGGCGUGUCAGUGAACUGGAGGCGGAGUUAGCCGAGCAGAGCCACCUCAAGCAGCAGGCACUGAGUGAGAGCGAGUUCCUGAAGGCAGAGCUGGAUGACCUGCGCAGGGUCAAAGAGGACACGGAGAAGGAGCAGCGUAGCCUGACUGAGAUUGAAAGAAAGGCCCAGGCGAAUGAGCAGCGCUACACUAAGUUAAAGGAGAAGUACACUGAGCUGGUCCAGAACCAUGCUGACCUGCUGAGGAAGAAUGCAGAAGUGACUCGGCAGAUGACUGUGGCCCGUGCCGCCCAGGAUGAGGUGGAGACUGUGAGGAGGGAGAUGGAGGAACGACUGAAGGCAGCUCAGGAGGCAGUCAGCCAACAGGAGAAAACCCAAGCAGAGCAGCUCCAAGUGCUUCAGGCUGACCUAGUUACCAGCAGAACAGAACUAGAAACCCUCAAAGCCAGCAUGGCUUCCUCCCAGAAGUUAAGUGAGGAGCUCAGUGUGCAGCUGGCUGCUCUAGAGACUGCGAAGGCUGGGCUUGUGGAGACUGUGUCACAGAAGGAUGCGGAGCUGGCAGGUCUGGGGGUGGAAUUGGAGCGAGUGCAGAGCAGUCUAGCAAGCGAGAGGGAAAGUGGUGUAAAGGCUGCUGAAGCCCUACAGAAUCAGCUCAAUGAGAAGGAGAGUCGGGAACAGGCACUGGAGAGCGAGAUUGUUUCUGUACGCUGGGCAGCUCUGAAGGCAGCACUGGAGGAGGCAGAGAGGGUUGUCCAGGACAGUCUGGCCCAGCUGGAUGAGCCUGCACACAUAAGCUGCACCAGCUCAGCCGAUUACCUUAUAUCCAGGUGCCAGACUGCUUUAGAGUGUGUGGACAGACUUCAGUCAGCCAAGGACAGCUUUGUAUCUGAUAACAUAAAUAUGUCCGAGCUGGUGCGGGCCGUGGCUCAGCUGGCCCACCUGGUGGGUGAUACCAUUGUACAAGGCAGUGCCACUGCCCACAUGGUGUCAGUGGACCAAGCCGACGCACUAACAUCUUGUGUGAAGAUAUGUGGAACUGAGGCCCUGGCUCUGAUAGCUCAGCUGAAGGAGCGGGACUCGCUGACUACAGCAGGCAGCAGUGGACUCAGAGCAGCUUUGGACAAUGUGCUGGCCACGGCACAGAAGUUGCGGCCACGGGGUUUGGAGCUGCAGCAGGGAGAACUGGGAGAUCUGGUGGAGCAGGAGAUGGCAGCCACCUCAGCAGCUGUGGAGUCCGCUGUCUCCAGAAUAGAGGAAAUGCUGAACAAGUCCCGAGCAGUCGAUUCUGGUGUCAAAAUGGAAGUGAAUGAAAGGAUUCUGGCCUCCUGCACAGAGCUCAUGCAGGCCAUUAAAGUGCUGGUGCUGGCCUCUAAAGACCUGCAGCGUGACAUUGUGGAAGGUGGCAGAGGUGCAGCAACUAUAAAAGAGUUCUAUGCUAAGAACUCCCGCUGGACUGAAGGUCUCAUCUCAGCGUCCAAGGCUGUGGGCUGGGGAGCCACUAUGAUGGUUGAUGCAGCUGAUCUGGUGGUCCAGGGACAAGGGAAAUUUGAGGAGCUGAUGGUGUGCUCACAUGAGAUAGCCGCUAGUACAGCUCAGCUCGUAGCUGCAUCAAAGGUGAAAGCAGACAAGGACAGUCCCAACCUCGCUCGUCUGCAGCAGGCAUCUAGAGGAGUCACUCAAGCAACUGCAGGCGUUGUGGCUUCAACCAAGUCUGGAAAAUCCCAGAUUGAGGAAACUGACACUAUGGAUUUCACCAGUAUGACACUUACACAGAUCAAGAGGAAAGAGAUGGACUCCCAGGUGCGUGUGUUGGAGUUGGAGACACAGCUUCAGAAGGAACGUGAGCGUCUCGGUGAGCUGAGGAAGAAGCACUAUGAGUUGGCUGGUGUGGCUGAAGGUUGGGGUGAGGAAGAGGAGGGAACGGGAUGAGGCGUUUCCCCACGCAGUAGCCCGGACUGGGCUUGUGCCUACUCUCUGGCACUCACUUGUUCCUCAGUGUCCCUCCCCCUUCUCUCUUCUUCACUCUCUUCAGACCUUUUAUCCUUUAAUAAUGAAUGAAAAGCCAAAUAAAAAGGUGCUUUUAGUUUAACCCUGCUCCUCCUCGUCCUCCCUGUGGAGUAAGGACACUUACAGGAGGAGCAAAAGAGGAGACAAUGUCACCUUAAGAGGAGGAUGAAGCCUUAAAGGCAGCAUGGAACGUAUUUGGAGCACCCCCCAGUGGGCAGAGGGAAAACUGCACCGUUACUGACCUGUCAGCAUUUUUUUGAGUUUCAUUCCCGUCCACUACCUCCUUUUUUUUUUGUUUUUUUUUUUUCUUUCCCCCAUUCACAAUUCCAAGACGACAUGCGUCACACAAGGCGAGCAGGAAUUACUGACACUGUGCCGUGAGCUUCCGGAUCGGCCGCUUCCCAGGCAGCAGCAGUGUGUGACUUCCACCACCUCUUCCAGAACUCAUUCCUCACUUUGUGGACACACACGCCCCGUCAAACAAGCUGCUGAGUCUUCUCUGAAAUGUCCCCUGCCAACCCUCCUCCCCACAGUGGCCUUGCUCUGGACUCUGAGCUGAUAGUGAGUGUUCGGCCCACGAGAGAGGCUUCCCUCCGCACUAACACUAGCGACUGUCUGAAGACUGAACUAAACUCAGCUUCUCCCUCUCUUGCUUCCUCUGCGUGUAUGUAUGUGCAGUGUUUUUAUUUUUCACUUGGUAGUUCUUUUAACCAUGCCUCCUGAGCAGUAGUUUUUCUCAAAAGUAGCCUGACUGGGCUUUUAACUGUUUAAUAUGUUUAAUACACAGGUCACAUUUUGGUUAAGGGGAAUGAAUUAUAAUCCCAUGUUUAAUUGUGUACAAGUGAUCUGUCAGGAAUGACAUCAGCCACAACGCAUUUCAUCUAAUUUCAUGUCCAUGGCUGAAAACAAAUUGACUGUUUUCAUGACCCUCUGCUGCAAAAGGAGGAUGUUUGACAAGAGUAUCUAGGACACUGAGCUCUUUUCUUCUCAAUAACUCUCUCCGUGAGUGACUGUUUUCCUCUGGUGCCCUUAGACAACAUCAGUAGCGCCGCUGGUAGCCUCUAUUUACACUCUUGUCAAGUGUUAAUACCACCGGUGUGUAUGUUGACUUCCACUUUGUACUUCCUUUUCCACGUCCAAACACAGGACAUCAGCACAUGUGAGGAGAGACAUCUGUGCCUUCCAAAAGGUUAAAGUUCACAUUCCUUCAAUAAACCUUUAAUGGCUGUAGCCUCGGACUGGUAUUAUAAAGGUUUGGAAAGCUGGUUUGGUGAUGCCUUAUGGAAAUACUCUAUGGUGUGUCUAUGUUGGACGAGUUAUUGUAUUAUUGUAUUUUAAUGCAUUUGGAGCUUCCAGCACAAUUUCCUCCAACUGAGUGGUCCGGAGAGAGGACACUCAGAAAGGAGAGGGACAGAGUGAACGUUUAAAAAGGAGGCUUCUGAUAUAAAGAUGUGCUAGCCCCCCCUUAUUAAAGCAAUCUAAACCAGAUAGCCUUGUAGACCACCACUGUUUUAUGAGCACAGCCUACAGUUGGGCCCAAAACAAACCUGGCUUCAAUAUUUACAAGUUUCAUGUCCUUGCAGGCAGUCUUCAAUUACCUCAGCUCCUUCAUACAGCAAAGCAAGCAGACAAACAUGGGUUCAUUUGACAUUAACAAAUGUUCACAUAUGGCGCUGAGAUGUGUGCAUGUAACAGAAAGCUAUUAUUACUAAUACCAGGUAUGAAAUGACUGUGUGUGUGUGUGUGUGUGUGUGUGUGUGUGUGUGUGUGUGUGUGAGUGUGUGUGUGAGUGUGUGUGUGAGUGUGUGUGUGAGUGUGUGUGUGAGUGUGUGGGUGUGUGUGUGGGUGUGUGUGUGGGUGUGUGUGUGUGUGUGUGUGGGUGUGUGUGUGGGUGUGUGAGAGAGAGUUUUUUGGUUGAGAAGGCCCAAAAUGUGUUUCUAUGUCUUUAACACCUUCACCCUGUCUUGUUGCACUGCUUUUGCUGUUUUUGUAAGUUGUAACACUGGGUAUUUAAUUGAUCAGUUUGUCACCACCGCUCUGUUUUCAUGUCUUAUAGUCUUACCAGCCUUCCAACUGCCUCUCACUUUAGCCAGUCAGAUAAUAUAUGAAUACUCAGUAACAUUUUUGGACAAUAUCUUUGUAUGAUGUACUAAACUGAGUGUUUUUAUUUCUUUUUUUUUUUUUUCUUCAAUAAAUAUAGUAAUGUGUUAAAAAGAUAA